CGAGUUCUUCUUGCUUGGUGGGUUAACAAUGACCGUAUUGGAACGCUGGCGUCGUCGAAAAGAUCAGAGGAAAACAUCACUUGGACGUCAGCCGUCGUUGCGUAAAGGCCGCAACGGCUGGCCGCUUUUGAAGCGUAAAGAAGCCAGUUUUAGAUUGACGGACUUCCGUGUGCGCAACCCAAUUGAACGUCACCUGCAACAAGAAUCAAUGGGGCGUUUCAAUGUGGAAGCACUCGUUUUGCGAGCAAUCAAAGUGGAGGUGAUUGAUUUACUUCGGGAUGCGGGUGGAUCUUGUACCGUGCUGGCCAUGGCGAACGCCGUUUCGGGAAGUCCGCGAGUCCAGGAAUGCGUGGGGGAUGCAGCAGAUUCCGAGAACGAUGCUUGGGGAUUGGCAUUUUUGGACCUGAUACCGGGACGAGCCGCGCGAAAGAAAAGCAACGCACGGUUGGCAAAGCGCUACGAGUUUAUCAAUGCCUUGCACAAAUUAGAGGCUUCGCCGAGUUCCAGUGAAGCACGCAUUUCAAGCUGGGAAGAGGCUUUGGAAAGACUGCGAACGGUCUUAAAUACUCAAUUUGCGGAGGCAGAUGGAAGUGAUGGCUUGUCGAUUCCCGACGAUCUAUUAGAAGAGAGUAUUGUCGACAAAUACUUGCUCCGCGCGCAAGCUAUUAAACUGCAGCAAAUAGAGGAGCUAGAGCAUUCCCAAAACCAGUGGUUACAAAUUUCAAAUGCUGCCCUUUCACAGCGAAUAUCACAAGUCGACGCCAAUCAGUUGGAUGAAGCGGACCGAUUAAUGAGAGCUCGCUUGGACGCCGAGUAUGAAAAGCGGGAGAAACGUCUACAAAGUACGUCUCUGGCAGAAUUGGAGGCCAAGCUUAUUCAAGAAGAGAGAAAUCGUGAAGCGAGAGAACGAGCAUUAUCUCUGAUGCGACCUUUGGAGGAUGCGGAACUUAAAAUUGUACAUGAGGCGAUGAGUCAUGUCGGGAAUCCGAACGAAAUAGUUGCCCAAGCGGGCGUCGACUCGGUUCAAAGGGAAUCGUUUCAACGACUUGCACCGGCACAAUGGCUCAAUGACGAGGUCAUUCAUUACUUUUAUGUCAUGCUAGCCAACCGGGACGAGGAAUUAUGCAAGGCAGAUCCCAACCGCAAGCGAUGUCAUUUCUUCAAGUCGUUUUUCAUCACGAAGCUUUUAGACGAGGAACAUUCCAAUCCAUCACUCCGCGGUAAAUACAACUACAACAACGUGAAACGAUGGUCCAAAAAGGUUCCAGGCAAGGACAUCUUCAAUCUUGACAAAAUCUUCUUUCCCAUCAAUGUCAGUCGGAUGCACUGGGUAUGCGCAGUUGUCUUUAUGCAACAAAAGAAGGUUCAGUUCUAUGACUCCAUGGGGGAUGGUGGUAUGUAUCAUUUAAAGGCAAUUUUUCGCUACAUCCAAGACGAGCAUCAAGCUAAGGAAGGUGCUCCGUUACCGGACGCCGAUGCGUGGACACUUGUGCCGUGCUUAUCGGAUACACCACGUCAAAAAAACGUGAUUGUUACUGUUGGUAAAUUGGGCACGCCGCGUCGCUUUCCAUUGGCACACGGACACGCCCGACAAGAUGGCACGGCGAACCGCACCGUCCGUGAAUGCGGUAGUUCACUGUCACCUCUUCUCGCUUAUUUCUGGAAAGUUCUCGCUCGAAGUUCUUUGACCACAUACACUUUUCAUUUGCUUAUUAAGAUGGUUUCUACUCGACGUUCCCAGCCCGUCAAGGGACCCGCGUACACUAACUGUGACAAGGAUGAGCUUGCACGAUCCCAGGGAACCGAGGUUGAUACGUUCCCCAGCACAACUGUACGAAAGUCUGACCAGUCCCCCGGAACGGCGGACUCGACGAUGCACUGGACAGGCGCCUUCCACGAUGACACCGCGAUUAUCGCGAAACACGAGUUGGGACCGGAUGUUGAGGACAGCGUCGUUGUCUCUCCAAUGGAAAGCGAUAGUAGUACCACCACCGCCGUUCACACCAACACGAAGAAGAAAGUCAAGGCCGCGGCGCGCAAGGCAUCGGCGGCGACCGUCAAGCACGUCGCCACCACGACGAUGUGUGCUCCAGCGAGUCCGCCUGGGACCACCAAUCAGACCAGAGCCGUCACCCGCAGUAAAGGAGGCAGCGUGGAUCUAUUCAAGGGUAUUGAAAGUGUUCCCGUGGUAAAAAAGCCUUCUCCGAAAAAGCGAGGCGACGAGGGGGGUAACAUGCAGAAAAUCAAACUUCUCACGGGGACCCUGUACCUGUACCGGGGGCGGUAUCCACGAGCCGAAUUUGUGCGCACCAAGUGA